AUGAAGAUGUUGACUAAAUUUGAGUCCAAGUCGUCAAGAGCCAAAGGGGUGGCAUUCCACCCUAAAAGACCUUGGUGCUUGGUAUCAUUACAUUCAUCCACCAUUCAAUUAUGGGACUACAGAAUGGGCACCUUGAUUGAUCGUUUUGAAGACCAUGUGGGUCCAGUGAGAACAGUCAAUUUCCACCCAACGCAACCAUUAUUUGUUUCGGGAGGCGAUGAUUACUCCAUUAAAGUUUGGUCGUUGAAUACAAGAAAGUGCAUCUUUACCUUGAAUGGACACUUGGAUUAUGUUCGUGGCGUUUCUUUCCACCAUGACUUGCCUUGGAUAUUGAGUUGUUCCGAUGACCAGACUAUCAGAAUUUGGAAUUGGCAAAAUAGACAAGAGAUUGCUUGUUUGACCGGCCACAACCAUUACGUUAUGAGUGCUCAAUUCCACCCCACUGAGGAUUUGAUUGUCUCGGCAAGUUUGGACCAAACUGUUCGUGUGUGGGAUAUUUCCGGCUUGAGAAAGAAGCAUUCAGCACCCACUUCAUCAAGAUCGUUUGAGGAUCAACUUCAAAGGAACCAAUUGCCACAACAAGACAUCUUUGGUAAUAUUAAUGCAAUUGUCAAGUAUGUUUUGGAGGGCCACGACAAGGGUGUCAACUAUGCCGCAUUCCACCCUACUUUGCCAUUGAUUGUUUCGGCUGGAGAUGAUAGAUUGGUUAAAUUGUGGAGAAUGAGUGACACCAAAGCUUGGGAAGUUGACACGUGCAGAGGACAUACUGGUAAUGUGUUGAGUGCAAUUUUUCAUCCCCACCAAGACCUCAUUUUGUCAGUGUCUGAUGACAAGACGAUACGUGUUUGGGACUUGAACAAGCGUGUGCCAAUUAAGCAAUUUAGAAGAGAACAUGACCGUUUUUGGUUGAUUGCCAGUCAUCCAACAAUUAACCUCUUUGCUGCAUGCCACGACUCGGGUGUCAUGGUUUUCAAGUUGGAAAGAGAAAGACCAGCACAUGCACUUUUCCAAAACAGAUUGUUUUACAUCAACGGAGAAAAGCAAGUUCAGGCAUUUGACUUUCAAAAACAAGAAAGCUCCUUGCCCAUGUUGUCGUUGAAAAAGAUUGGCAAGGCGUGGUCGUUUAUGAGGACUAUGGCCUAUAAUCAGACGGACAAUUCUAUUUUGGUAGUUCAUGGAGAAGGUGACAAUUCCAAUUAUGCUUUGAUUACAUUGCCAAAGCACGCCACUGGUGCUAUUGAACCCACUGACAUCAGGCAAGGCGAAGGUAACUUUGCCACCUUUAUUUCACGUAAUAGGUUUGUUGUGUUUAUCAAAGGCUCAAAGACAUUACACGUCAAGGAUUUGAGCAACAAUGUAACUAAAACCAUCCAGUUGGAUCUGUCGGUUAAUGAUGUGUUACCUGGUGGACCCGGGCGCGUCUUGUUGGUAAAGUCACAUUCAGUGAUUAAUUACGAUGUUCAGCAAAAGAAAGAAUUAUCGGAGCUUAGUGUCAACAACGUCAAGUAUGUCAGUUGGUCGAACGAUGGACAGUACUUGGCCCUUUUGUCAAAGCACACAAUAACUAUUGCCACCAAGGAUUUGGAAUUGAUUACAUCAAUGCAUGAAACAAUUAGAAUCAAGAGUGCUUCUUGGGACGACUCUGGCGUAUUAUUGUACUCCACUUUGAACCACAUCAAGUACACUUUGUUGAAUGGUGACAAUGGUAUAAUCAAGACUUUGGAAAACACCGUUUACAUUACCAAAGUCAGUGGAAAUUUGGUUUACUGCUUGAACCGUUCGGGUCAAGUUGAAGUUAUCAAGAUCGACCCUACGGAAUACCGAUUCAAACGGGCAUUAGUGAAUAAGAACUUUGGCGAAGUUUUGCGAAUUAUCAAGAACUCAACAUUGGUGGGGCAAAAUAUUAUUGGUUACUUGCAAAAGAAGGGGUUCCCUGAAGUUGCUUUGCACUUUGUCCAAGAUCCCGAGACGAGAUUUGAGUUGGCUUUGGAAUGUAGCAAUUUGCAAGUGGCAUUGGAGCAAGCCAAGAUUCUCAACAAUAACAAGAUUUGGGAAAAAUUGGGAGAGGAGGCAUUGUUGCAGGGUAACAUUGACAUUGUUGAAUUUGUGUAUCAGCAGUUGCAUUUGUUUGAAAAAUUGGCGUUUUUGUAUUUGUUCAAGGGCGAUGGUGAGAGAUUGAAUAAAAUGACCACUAUCGCUGAACACAGAGGUGAUGCUUCUGCUGUUGUGCAAAAUACCUUGUACAACAACGAUGUCAAAAAGAGAUGUGAAGUGUACAUAAAGAGUGGUAUGUUGCCCUUGGCGUACACUUUGGCCAAGUCUAACAAUUUAAAUGAUUAUGCUGCUCAGAUUUUGGAAGAAGCAGGUGUUUCAGAAAAGGAUGUUGAAUUGCCUGAAUUGGGCGAUGCCGUUCCGCUUCCGCAACCAAUUGCUGAACCAGUUACAAACUGGCCAUUGAAAGAGUCAUCCUUAUCAUACUUUGAAACUGCUUUGCUUACUGGCAAGGUUGAAAACUUGGGCAUUGAAGAGGACAAUGACAAAGAGGUUGCAGGUGGUGCCGAUGCCCAUGAUGUCAGUUUGAAAUUUGAUGACGAGGCUGAAGAUGGGGAGGAGGAAGGUGAUGCUUGGGACCUUGAUGAAGAGUUGGAUAUUGGAGAUGAUGACGAUUUGGUUGGUGAUGAGGCAAACGAUGCCUCCGCCACCGCUGCCGCUGCCGCCACUGCAACUACGCUGGAGAAUGAAAUGGGGGAUUGGUUGCGUAAUGCCAAGACUCCCGCCACAUAUGUUGCCGCUGGUGCAUUAGAACAAGCCGCGUUGUUGUUGAAUAAACAAGUUGGUGUUUCAAACUUCGAGCCGUUGCGUGACAGAUUCUUGCAAGUGUAUGGUGCGUCGAAAUUGUACUUGCCUGGUAUCACUGACUUACCAGCUAUGAAGACAUAUAUUCGCGAAGACACUGAUGAAGAAGAUUCUAAAAGGUUUAGACCAAUGGUUCCUGGAUAUGACACUUUGGAAGAUCAAUUACAAUUGGCAUUUAAAAAAUUCAAGGCAAAUAAUCUUGAAGAUGCAAUCAAGACUUUUAGAUCCGUCAUUUACACAAUCACCGUGUUGAAUGUUGACGAUGAAGCGGCUGAAACAAAGUGUCAAGAAGUGUUGGUCUUGUGUCGUGAAUACAUUCUUGGUUUGUCGAUUGAGUUGGCACGUCGUGCAUUACCUCCCACCGACGUGAAACGUAACUUGGAAUUGGCAUCGUAUUUCACCAAGGUGCAAUUGCAACCAGCACAUAAAUUGAAUGCUUUAAAUGUGGCCAUGACUCAAUCGUUCAAGAAUAAGAAUUUUGCCAGUGCUUCAUAUUUUGCUGAUGAGUUUUUGAAAAUAUCCAACACGGGCCCUCGUGCCGAUCAAGCAAACAAAUUGAAGGCAAAAGCUGAUGCAGUUGCUAGUGAUUCGGUUGAGAUUGAUUUCGACCCAUAUGCCGAAUUUACCAUUUGUAGUGGCAGUUUCACUCCGAUUUACAAUGGUGAGCCAAGUGUUGCUGAAGCCUUGGUGGGAGCCUCUUAUAAGCCACAGUUUAAAGGCUCCGUCUGUAAAAUCACCGAGAUUACUACAAUUGGUGUGCCUGCCUCGGGGUUACGUAUAAGAACGUAG